AACACAAAGUUAAAUUUCGGUAGCUGUUGAAUGCAUGAGGAAACAAAAUCAUGGCUCCAAAGAAAAAUCCACGUGCUCCUGGUGGAACAUUGUCAACGAAGAAAACAUCGACAUCGUCGACAAAUAACAAAAAUAAAACGUCAGUAGCAAAGAGAGGUACUCAGCAGAAAAAUAACGUUGCUGCCAAAGAGAAACAUCUAGCAAAAAUAAACAGUAAAGAGAUAGAUGUUAAAACAACAAAAAAGAAGCCCAAAACUCAAGAGGAUGUUGCAGCCAUUAAAAUCCAAAGACAGUACAAAUGUUUCUUAGCCAGAAGAAAACUCUUGAAACUGAAAAAUGAAAAGCAGGAAUACGAAGACAUGAUUGAGCAAAUUCAGAAAAAGGCCUGGCUUGAUAUUAUUGAGCAACAAAGAAAAGAAGAUGAAGAAAAAAGACUUAAGGAAGAAGAGGAACGAAGGAAAAGAAGACAAGAACUAAAAUGGAGAAAAGAUAUUUUAACUGCAGCAUUUGAUGGAGAGUUAGAUGAAAUAAAGAAAAUAUUGGAAUUGGUUGAAGAAAACUGUAAAACUUCUUCACUUACUGGACCUGCAUUACAAAAUUCUAUUCAGAGAUACAGGAUGAGUCUAAUUGAAUGCAAAGACGCAAAUGAUAACUGUGCACUGUCAGAAGCAAGCGCUGGUGGCGACCCUGGCACUGUAUUGUUUUUUAUUCAAAAUGGAGCAUCUAUAAACUCUAUUGGUCAGCACCAUCGAACUCCGAUCUAUCGCGCUGCAUUUGCUGGCCAUUUUGAUGUUGUUAAGACUUUGUUGGAGCAUGGUGGUGAUCCAAGAGUUUUAGACUCUGAUGGAGUAACUGCUGCACAGAUAGCUGCUCUCCCCGAGAUUAGACAAUUUAUUGAAGAGUGGGAUGUUUCACAUACGGAUGUGUUAUUGGAGAAAUUAGAGAAAGAAAAUGAGCUUAGAAAGGCAGAACAACAUAGAAUGCAAAAAGAGGAGCAAGAUAGAAUCCAAAUGACAUCAGAUAGAUUAGAGAAAGAAUUCUCAAAUAAACAAAAAGUUCUGCAACGAGCUUAUCAAGAACUAAACAAACGUAUCAAUGAACACGACAAAUGCACAGCGAAAGGUUAUGAAAGAACCGAUGUUACAUUGAAGGCCAUUCACGCGGCAGAAGAAAACCUGUUAAAAGCCCAGAGAGAAGAGAAGGCUUGUCGAGAAGAGCUUUCAAAAUAUAAAUCAGAUAUUCGAGACCAGUGUAUAGCUGCAGAAGGCGAUGAUUCAAGAUGUGUGAAAUGCAAUAUUAAAGAACUUGACGAUGUCAUCAUGCGUGAUGUUGGGGAUAAGAUCAAGGAAAGUAAAAAGUGGCCGCUAUUAAUCGACACGUCGAAUCAAGCAGCAACAUUUUUACGUUACCGCGAUACAAAUUACGUAAAUGUUUUAAGUCCAAAGGACAUGGAGAAUGAAUCACUAAGAAAAGCAUUAAUUGGAGCUAUCAGGUAUGGAAAGGCACUGGUCCUUGAUAUGAUGGAGAUAAACUUGCUCAAAUUCAUUGAAGAACGAUUAUAUGAAAUAGAAGAAAACCUUUUCCAUUCUCUUCUCAAUGGGACAAUCCUUAAAAACGAAAAGUAUUUAUCACUGGUGCGGAAAGAUGACGGUGUGGAUUAUUUAAGGGAAUCUUUUACAGAGAUCAGGAUUAGACGAUUUUCUUUAAUUAUAGUCACGAAAAUGUGGCAAGUACCAGACGAAUGGUUAGAUAUGUUUUAUGGUAUAAAAAUUGUCACCCCUUCUGUGAGCUAAAUUCUAUUAUCAAUAUGAAAAAACAAGAAUUAUGUAGGCAUGCAUUCUCGCCCCCAGGGUAUUUUGCCUUCUUGACAUGAGAGCUUAUAUUAAAGGCAAAAAACCCUGUUGACGAGGGUGGUAGGUAUUCAUUUUAUACUAAGAAUGUUUUACCCCAAAUCGGAUUUCUGAUUACUUUGUCCAUCGCUAGCAUACUACCUGACACUAGAAUUGCUAGCCGUAAACGAACACACCACGCUAUGUGUUAGCGACACAGUCCGAUAGCGUAUCCAGAUGGCGAGUGCAUG